CCUGCACAAAAGGGGAGUGUCGGGUGUGGGCGAAGGAGAAAGCACAAAACACACGAGCCCAUCCAGCCUCCCUUCCCUCCAAAAGUUUCUCAACAUGGGAAAAGAAGAGAAGAAAGCUCCAAGCAGCCCAACUGGUAACAAUCUGAGCCAGGCAGCACAAGCUCCUGGGACCCAGCAAAGGAAGGAGCCCGACGCUGCCGUGAUGUCCAAGAAGCCACCCAAAGGGGAUCCCAGCCCAGGCCAGGAGGACACCCACAGGUGCUGUGGCUGCCACUUCCCAUUGCUGGUUGCCUUCUUGCAGCUGGCUUUAGGUGUCUCCAUCACAGUGGUGGGAUUCCUCAUGGCCAGCACCAGCUCUUCCUUGCUAGCCAGAGAUACUCCAUAUUGGGCUGGCAUCAUUCUCUGUGUCGUGGCCUUGCUAGGGCUGGUGAUGCUCUGUAUCUCUUAUCAACCGGAUGAGAAGACCUGCGUCCAGUUUGCCAUCAAGGUUGCCUACUUCCUUUUGAGCACUCUGAGCCUGGUGGUCUGUGUGCUCGCUGUGGCUUUUGCCUCCUACUGUUAUUCCCAGAUCACCCAGUUUACCUGUGAAACCAUCUCUGAGACCUGCCAGUGUAAACUGGACACAGAGGAUCCCCUCAGCAGGACUUUCAUUUACCAGGAUGUAGCCGAGUGUCCUGACUUUCUAGGGAUUUUCAAACUUUACUUGCUGAUCCAGAUAGUUCUGAACCUACUGGCUGCCCUUGUGGGUUUUGCGGCAUGUUUUGUGAUGUGGAAAGACAGGUACCAGGUCUUCUACGUGGGCAUCCGGUUGUACCCUUCAACUGUCACUGGAGUCCAACAGCAGAAAGUAUAGGGAUCUGGGGGAAGAGAUAUCCUUAUCAAAUCAUCACCAAAUUGAUAACUGUUUACCUAACUGGGGGAAGGAGUAUGGUGAGAGUUACAUGUAUAUGCAGGAGUGGGGAUACAAAGAACACACACUUAAUGAAUACAUUCAUUCAGACAAAGCUAAAAGAAAUAGGUCUACAAUAGCUUUUUUUAAGCUUCUCCACCUGAUCCCAUGUAUUCUCCACAGAGCUAAGGAACUUGCUGAAUUCAAAGUUGGGGGUGUUAAUUAUUGCAAGAUGUGGUCAGUCCACAUUGUAUUACUUUUAAUGGGAUGUGCAAAUAGCCACCUUUGCAAAGCUCCACUAGCAAAGCAUCAGCGUGAUUCUAUAUCCGCCCUCUGCAGCCAGGCCAAGAGACCUUUUUGCCAAGCAAGAGCUCCUGGAGUAUAGCUUUCCUUUUUUGAAUAUAGUGUGGGGACCAAGGGCUACUAUCCCAGAAUUAAAUGCAAAGCCAAUGUUAAAACCCCACAUAGCUGUACAAAUCCAUUUCCCUUCAUAGCACUCUUUACACAUAUAAACAUAUGCUGUUUCUUGAUUCAAACAACUGCACAAAGUAUGGCCCAGUUUACAUUGCCCUAUGUGACACUGCUGCUGUCUGCUCUAUAAUGGCCCUGAAUACCAUGACUGUCUUCUGCUGAAGGGGCUACAGCAAACCACCUGGUUAUGAAGCUGCUGGCCUCAUUAUAGGUUGCCAGCAUGACACACAGUCUGUAGAAGGAUACACCUGUUGCUUGAAGCAGCAUGGGAGCCACACCAGAGGCCCCUAAAGCAUUUUUCUCUGAAGGGAAUAUGCAAAUCAAUCUGGUGGCAAAAAGUGAAAAGUCACAGAAGGUGGUCACAGAGCAGUCCCCUGGGAUAGGUCAAUCUGUUCCUUGCAUGUAUGCUUCGAGUAUAAAUUGAACCUACUUGGGCAACCUUCACAGCCUCUAGAUCAUGCCCACUGUCUCUUAUUCCCCCUCCAACUCCCAAGAGUUAAUAUUAUUAAAAUGAAUGUAAUACUUUUUCAAGAGAGGACUGUAUCAAGAAUUGUGUGACAAAGCCAUUGCAGAUGAUGUAUUGGCAGUUGGUGGUAUAUGUUUGGGGGAGGGGUUAUUUGGUUUGAUCUAAUACUUGAUUCCAGGAGCCAUAAUAACCCAGAGCUUGGAAGCUAAGCAGGGAGACCACCAAGGAAGACUGAGGCUGCUAUAUAGAGGAAGGCAAUAGCAAACCACCUCUGCUCAUCUCUUGCCCUAAAUACCUUGUGGAGUGGAACUUCAUGGGGUCACAAUGACUUAGUUGUGACUUUUUAACCUUUUUAACCUUUAACUUUACCAUUUAAAAGCUUUAACAGAAUGACCUGUUGGUUUAAUUUCAUAAGAUCAUUUGUGCUUAGGGCAAAUCCUUGAACUGUUAAAAAUACACACAUACAUAAAGAUAUUUUAGUGACUCACAAUGAAUAAAUAAUAGGUUCUGCUUUUUAAUUCA